GAAUAAUUGACAUGGCACUCGCGCUCGGGGCAAAUAUGGCCGAGCCUGGGCAGUACAAUGUGAUCACUACCCGUCACGGUGACAUCCCGGGCAGUGGCGUAACUCCGCUUCUCCCCAACUGACUGCACAGACCCACUACAGAUCAAGAACACUAAUGAUGCAAUCAGUAUCACGACGCCUAUCUUAACGAGAGCCUGGCAAUCCCAGAGAGCACGCCAUUUUCGGUGUUAUUUGAUGGCGCACUCGAAAUGACUCGAAACUUGCACCGUCAAGUCAACUUUCUCUUUCGACUACUAUUACUUCCCACUUCCCGUGCUAGCCGUUCAAGUUGGCUGGGUACGUCAACCCUAGUCCUCGGAUCUUCACGACAACCCUGGCAUAUCCCUCUCGAGUUCAAAAUAAUCCUCAAGUUAUUACCCCAUACCCCAGGAGCACACUGCUCGCUUACUUAUUUUCAAAUCCCAGCUCGUUCAGAAUGCACCCGAUUCACACAAAUAUCUACCAGUAUAGGGUUCGGCAUUGUCGACUUUCACCUUACUCCGUGGUGCACGGUUCUAUUUCUGCGCCUUCAUUUUGUUGCGACGUACUAGCGUCUAUUAGCCACAACAAGUGCUAGCUAUUUUGGCCAUCGAAACUAAAGCUGUGUAUAGUGAUACUUGAGACGAGACUGCCUUUUCAUUCACACCUUGGAUGAACUCGCAGUUGCAUUUUGCACACCUUUUUUGUCUGUGGUUUAUCGAGCGAGUCGUGUUUACUAUAGUUGGAAUUGUGGUGCUAGGGCCUAAAGCGCCGCGUUUCAAAUAUUAUAAAUAUUUGCUUUCCAUAUA